AUUAAUUCCUGGUGUCUUUCUGCUCCUGCCUUUCACAACUCUGAUCCAGGACACAAUGACUGAGUUUGGGGAAAUUCUGAAAAAUGUUGGGGAAUUUGGCCGAUUCCAGAAAUUUUUGGUAUUUCAGAUGUGCUUACUUAGUUUCCUCAAUGCCUUCUACAUGUUUGGACAAGUGUUUAUGGGAAUAUCGGUGCCUCAUCACUGCAAUACUGACUGGAUCUUAGCAAAGGAUCCAAACCUCACAGAGAAAUAUCAGCUGAAUUUAACCAUCCCUUGUAAUACAGAGGGCAGCUAUGAGCAAUGCCUCAUGUACACUCCGGUGGACUGGGAUAUAGAAUCCAUUGAAAGGUAUGGACUGAACAGCACAGAGGUCUGCCAGGAUGGUUGGGUCUAUGAUAUGUCACAGCAGAAGUCAACGCUGGUCACAGAGUUUGACCUGGUGUGUCACAGAAAAGAACAGAAGGAUAUCUCCCAGUCCAUUCACAUGUUGGGGCUGCUUAUUGGAUCUAUUAUUUUUGGUCAUUUAGGAGACAGGAUUGGUAGACGUCCUGUUAUGUUAAUCUCAAUGUUAUUGAUGUUUGCCUUUGGUGUCGGAGCAGCAUUUGUUCCACAUUUUUAUGUCUAUAUGGUUCUGCGUUGUGUUGUAGGAAUUGGAAUGGCUGGCGUUAUGCUAAACAAUCUCACAUUAGUUGCAGAGUGGGUUGGAGCAUCACAGCGUGCAUUUGCCACUAUCAUUGCACAUGUUUGCUUUGCAGUAGGACUAAUAGUUUUGGCUGGGGUAGCUUAUGCCAUUCGAAACUGGAGGUUGUUAGAGAUUGCAUGCUCUGCACCCACAGCCCUGCUCUUCUGGUUCUUCUGGCUUCUUCCAGAAUCUCCCCGGUGGCUUCUGACUAAAGGGAAAUUAAAAAAGGCCCAAAAACUCCUCCAGAAGGCAGCAGUUAUGAAUAAAGUGGAACUAUCUGAGACAUUUUUGAUAAAGUUACAAGAAGAAAAGCAGAGUAAAUCUGGAAGCAUGAUAGAUCUUUUUAGGAUCCCAAAUCUGAGAAAAGUAACUCUGAUUAUGUGUUUGAUAUGGUUUGUGAACAGUCUGGUCUAUUAUGGUCUAAGUCUCAGUGUUGGGAGUUUUGGGGUCGACAUUUAUCUCACCCAGCUCAUAUUUGGAGCAGUAGAAAUUCCAGCUCGAAUAGGAUCCAUAUUCAUGGUGCAGUAUAUUGGAAGGAAACCAAGCCAGUCGACCUGUCUCUUGCUUGGAGGAGUUGUCUGUCUUAUUGUUACAGCAAUACCAAAAGAUUUUUCCAUUGUAAUAACAGUGCUUGCUGUAAUUGGAAAAUUUGCAGCAGCAUCUUCCUAUUCAAUUUGUUAUAUUUAUGCUGCUGAGGUAUUCCCCACUGUUAUUCGACAAAAUGGAGUGGGCCUCUGCUCCAUGACAUCCCGUGUAGCUGGAAUAAUUGCUCCACUCAUAAAUCUCUUGGACCAAUAUCAUCCUGCUAUUCCAAUGGCUGUUUAUGGCAGUGGCCCCAUCAUUGGAGGCCUUUUUUGUUUCCUCCUACCAGAGACAAGAAACAGAGACCUGCAGGACCAUACACAUGAAGCCAAUGGGGUACCAAGAAGUGAUAUCAAUGGAGAACAACACUUGAUCAAUGGACAUCUUGAACUGAGCACAGAGCAGGAGCAGAAGAGUACACGUUUAUAAG